AUGUCGGGGCUUACCCUCGGCCUUAUGUCGAUGGGCCGUGUCGAACUCGAGAUCCUCCAGCGCAGCGGCACAGCAACCGAUAAACAGCGGGCAGCUACCAUUCUCCCUGUUGUUAAAAAGCGACAUCAACUUCUGGUGACUCUGCUAUUGUGUAAUGCUGCUGCCAUGGAGAUUUUGGAUUGUGCGCUUGGACAUGGUGAUUCAGCAAUUUUUAGGCGUGCUCAUUUGAAGACACUCGUUUCUAUUCAUAGCAAAGAGGCUGGUAAUGGCGGAGAGCUCUCCCAUGUUGAAACAACAAUAAUAAAUGGUGCUCUUGAUAUGACAGAAAAGACUGCUGAGGAAGCAAUGACACCAAUUGAAUCCACAUUCUCAUUAGAUGUCAAUUCAAAGUUGGACUGGGAAGCCUUUAGCAAAAUCAUAGUUCGGGGCCACAGCAGAAUUCCUGUUUAUGCAGGAAACCCAAGAAACAUUAUUGGUUUUCUACUGGCAAAAAGUCUUCUCGUUGUUCGUGCUGAGACAGAGACGCCAGUUAAUGUUGUUUCUAUAAGAAGAAUUCCUAGGGUCUCAGCAGAUAUGCCUCUAUAUGAUAUAUUAAAUGAGUUUCAAAAGGGAAGGAGCCAUAUAGCAGCUGUUGUCAAGACUAAAGUGAAAACAAAGAGUCUUCCACCCAUUAAAGAGAACAAGUCUGAAGAAAAUAAAGAAGCUUCUGACGAAUCGAACUUGACAACUCCUUUCCUAUCAAAAGAGGACGACACUUUUGUGGUGGACAUAGAUAAGGGUCCAGAAAAACAAGCUAAAGGUAAUAACCCCACUUCGGGUCUUACAUCAGAGGAUAUUGAAGAUGGAGAGGUUAUCGGCAUCAUCACUCUUGAGGAUGUGUUUGAAGAACUCCUUCAGGAUGAGAUUGUGGAUGAAACUGAUGAAUAUGUUGACGUUCACAAAAGGAUACGUGUGGCUGCUGUUGCGGCCUCAUCUUCAGUUUCACGAGCUCCAAAUUUGAAACGUUUAAGUUACAGAACAGGCAAAGCAAGUUUUUAA